ACUCAAAACAACAAAACAUGAUUAAACAUGAAAAUACGUACCAAGAUGUUAAUUUGGUUUUGUUUUCAUAUUUUUAAGAAGCCUUUCCCUAAUUUAUCGAGAUUGUAGUAUACAAUAGUGGAAAAUGAAUUCUUCAAACUCCUUUAUUCAAAAUACUAACAGAACUAACCUUACAGAUUCAUCUCUAUCAAGGAAGGCAGAAUUUUCUGUAAGAAUAGUAGUGUGUGAUCAUUAUCUUACAAAGCCAAUACCAGGUAUUGAUGUUAUAUACUCCGAAUUUAGAGGAUCGGAUAUAAAGCAGGUGCCAGUGCUAAGAAUUUUUGGUCCUACUCCGGAAGGAAGAAAGGCUUGCCUUCAUAUACAUGGUGUAUUCCCUUACUUUUACUUACCAUGUCCAACACCAAAUCCGGAACCACAGUUUUUGUAUCAGAUAGCUGCAAGUUUAGAUAAAGCCAUAAACAUUGCAUUGAAGCAAGCAACAUCAGCAAACCAACAUGUAUAUAAAAUAACUUUGGUUAAAGGAUUACCUUUCUAUGGAUUCCAUGACAAGGAGCAUUUAUAUUUAAAGAUAUUUUUAUAUAAUCCAGGCUUAAUUAGACAAGCAGUAGAAUUGUGUAGUAAUGGAGCUAUAUUGGGUCAACCUUUACAGCCACAUGAAUCCCACCUUAACUUCACUUUGCAGUUUUUCAUAGAUUUUAAUCUUUUUGGUAUGAGCAAUAUAGAUUUACAAAGUGUUAAAUAUCGUAGAAACGGUCUAUCGCAAAGUAGCAAUGAUCCUUUAGACGAAUUCGAUGAUAGUCUAAAGCCUGAAAGUAUUUGUUAUUAUGAAGCUGAUUGUGUCGCGUCACAGAUUAUUAACAGACAGAGAAUCGGUAAAGCGGAAGGGAUAGAAAAUCCAGGUUUAGAAGAAGUAUGGAAUCAAGAAAUGGAAAGAAGGAAGCAAUUAGAUAUAUCUCUAGCAUCAAAAACACUGUCUCAAAAUAGAGAUGGAACAGAUGAAACAGAUUCACAUUAUAAAUAUCAGAAUAUGUUUUUAGUAAAACAUUCUAAUCUGAUAGAUAAACCGGUUGAAAUAGAUACAGAGGUGACAAAUCAACCUAGAAUACAUUAUCCAGCAGAAAUGACUAUAGAGGGAUCACAACUCUUUAAUGCAACUGAUGUCAGUACACAUUUACCCGAAAAUAUAAAUACUACACUAAAAAAUAAUAGUGGGAACACAAUACUUGAUAGCACAGUUGUUGAUGAAGAUAUAGCAUUAAAUAGCAGUUUUUCCCUACAUUACAGUCAAGUAUUGUUGGAUAGUGAAGAUUUUGAAUUGGUGGAUAUGCUUCAAGAUUUGGAUGAUAAGGCAGUUGAUGAAGAUAGUAUAAUGGGUACUCAAGAGAAAGCAGAAGAAAUUAACUCUGAUACAGAACUUGAUAAAGAAUAUUCACAAGUAUUUAAUGAUGAUAUUUCUUCUGAACUGCAAAAAUGUGAAAGUGACACUAGAGAAACAAGCCUGUCUUGGAAUGAUACCUUUUGGGAUGGUGCUAAUAUAUCACAAUUAGAUGGUACAUGUGACGACGAUCAUGUUAAAAAAGUAAGAAAAAGAAAGAUGAGAUCAUUCAAACUCGGUCUAUCAAGGCCAAAAAGUAAAAAGUCCACUGAAACAGAUGGAAAUGAAAAAUUAAACGAAAAUCUCGGUACUGAAACAAUUCAAACAGAACAAGAAAAUAUUGUAUCUGAAAAUUCAGAAAGUAGAGAAACCAAAAUUACGACUACGACAAAUUCUCUACAAAUGUCUAUAGACGUUUUAGAUGUAAGUUUAAAUAACGAGAAACCUGAAGAAAAAAUUAGCACAAAUAUAUCUGUUACUGAAUUAGUAAAAAUGCAAUCUGAUAGUAUUAAUAAACCAGAAAAAUGUUUUAAAUUAGAACCAGCUAUUGUGUAUGAUAAGGAGAAGAAAUUUGAACCUAUCGCUGGACCUUCAAAACCCGUAACAAAUAAAAAGAAAAUUAUUAUACCUGAUAAUUCUAUAAAUGAUUCUUUCGAAUCAUCACCAGAAGAAAGCAAGGGUAUCACUAGUUUUUAUGAUACAUCAAAAUUUAUUGAUACGUCUUUGGAAAUUGACGCUAGCUUUUCUGAAGACAUUCCAAAUAGUCUCACGAAUUUUGAACAGAAUCCUACAAACAUUGAAAUUUAUGGAACUAAAAUUAAGCAAGAAAUUGAAGAAUCAUACAAUAUAAGUGAUAAAAAAAUUAUAAUAACACCUAAAAUUAAACCACCUACUACUAAUGAUGUUAUGUCAACAUGUCAAAAGUAUUCCAUUCCAGAAAAUCUUAAUUUGAAACCAUUUUUCUCGAACCAUAAAGAUGUAGGUGAUAAAAUAGAAAUAGGUCAAAUGGUCAUAAAAUUACAGAGUCUUCAAGCUCGAGAUAUGAAUCCUUUUGAAAAAGUAUUAAACACAACUAGUAUAGAAGAAUGGAGACAAUUGUUAUUUCUGCAACAGACAAAUGAAAUGCCUAAUGACAUAUCAAAACCAGAAAUACUAAAAUCUUUAUUAGCGGGGAACAAACAGUACAUUUUGGAACCAAUUAAAAAACCUCCUACAACUAUCGAUGUUAUAAACUGGAUGAAACAAGAUAAAGAAAUAACUACAGAAGUUAAUUUAGAUUGUAAAGAAAUAAGUAGAAAUAUAGAUGAAUUGGAAUCAUCACAAGUUAUAGGUUUAAAUGAAGAUGAAAUAAACAGUAGCCUUAGCUUAGAAAGUACAGAUAAAGAUAAAACAAAAAUAUCUAAUAGUCUACAAGUGAUGCACUCUGAUGGUUCAUUUCUUUGUUUUGGGACAGAAAAUCAAAGCGAAAAUAUUUCUGACACCCCAGCAUUGGAGGUUGAUUUCCUUACACUAAUGCUAGUAGAAGUGCAUACAUCAGUACGUCUAGAUUUGAACCCUGAUCCUUCAAUCGAUCCUAUCCAAGCCAUAUUUAUUACUGUUAAAAAUGACUGUCCAUCAAAACACUAUCUACAAAAUGAGAUGACAGAAAUUCUCGUCAUAGAUUCGCUUCCACCUCCUAAACUGUUAAAUAGAUGUGUUUUUAAUUCAAAAGUGACUUACGUAGAUAAUGAGAUCAAAUGUAUAGAAAAAUUGAUACAAUUAGUAAAAGAAAACGAUCCAGAUAUUCUAUGCGGAUAUGAUAUUGAAAUGAGUUCUUGGGGUUACAUUAUAGAGAGGGCUCAAAACUUGGGCAUUGAGGUUAUAAUGGAAAUUUCUAGAAUAACCGAGAAACAUCGACAGAAGCGAUGGAGGAAUGAUGAAAGCGAACUGGAAGGGAGGGUGAUUGGAAGAAUUACGUUCAAUGUUUGGCGUUUAUUUCGACAUGAAUUGGCAUUAUCAAGUUAUAGUUUUGAGAAUUGUAUGUACAUUAUUCUAAAUGAGAGAGUACCAACGUAUAGUUAUGCACAAUUAUCUGAAUGGUGGAGCGACGAGUCGAGGAUUUUCAGAUGGAUUCCCGUUGAAUAUUACCUGACUAAACUGUCCGGGACAGUUCGGAUGUUGGAGAAACUAGAUAUGAUAAACCGUACAUCAGAGCUGGCGCGGCUAUUCGGUCUACAGUGGUGGGAGGUGCUGUCCCGCGGCUCCCAGUUCCGCGUGGAGUCGCUGAUGCUGCGCGCGGCUCGCCCUCUCAACCUGGUCGCGCUGUCCCCGACUGUGCGCCAGCGAGCCGCCAUGCGGGCGCCAGAAUGUCUGCCCCUUAUAUUUGAACCAGAAUCCCGUUUCUACUCAGACCCGGUUAUUGUGUUGGAUUUUCAAAGUCUAUACCCGUCUAUGAUGAUUGCUUACAACUACUGUUUCUCUACUUGCAUCGGCCGCGUGCAAAAUAUAAAUGGCGACGCUCCAUACGAAUUCGGCGCGUGGCGUUUACGUAUACCAAAAUCAAAGUUGGACACUCUAGUGGGUAACGGUCUGGUGCAUUGGUCGCCUGUAGGCGUGGGCUUCAUCAAGUGUUCAGUGCGCCGCGGCGUGCUGCCCGCGCUGCUCCGGAGGAUCCUCGCGGCGCGCCAAGCUGUCAAGAACAACAUGAAACUGCAAACAGAUGACGCAGUCAAAAAGGCAAUGCAUUCAAGACAAUUAGGGUUAAAACUAAUAGCCAAUGUUACAUACGGUUAUACCGCGGCUAACUUCAGCGGCCGCAUGCCGUGUGUGGAGGUCGGCGACAGUGUCGUCGCUAAAGGAAGGGAAACACUCGAGAGAGCUAUCAAACUCGUUAAUAAUAAUACUACGUGGAAUGCAAAGGUAAUAUAUGGUGAUACGGAUUCAAUGUUCGUGUUAAUUCCCGGCGCGAGCAGACAGCGCGCGUUUCAAAUCGGACAGGAGAUAGCUGACGCCGUCACCGCCGACAAUCCCUCACCAGUCGUAUUAAAACUAGAAAAGGUAUAUCAGCCCUGCAUAUUACAAACGAAGAAGCGUUACGUGGGCUACAUGUACGAGAGCGCGGAACAAGAGAAGCCAGUGUACGAAGCUAAAGGCAUAGAGACAGUGCGCAGAGACGGCUGUCCUGCUGGAGUUAAGCUCCUCCAGCAGUGUUUGUGCGAGUUAUUCGAGUCAGGCGACAUGUCGCGUGUGAAGCGCGUAGUAUGCGCGGUGCUGGCGCAGCUGGCCGACGGCUCGCUGCCGCCGCAACAACUGUUCUUCACGCGAGAGUACCACGGACCCGCAGGCUACAAGUCCACUGCCGCCGUACCGCCGAAUGAAAUCGCCAAGCGUCUGCUGAGCCGCGACCCGCGCAGCGUGCCGCGUGCGGGCUGGCGCGUGUCGUGGCUGGUGUGCGCGGGCGCGCCCGGCACCGCGCUGUCCCGGCUGGCGCGCGCGCCGCACGAGCUGCUGCGCCAGCCCGCAGCGCCGCACGUCGCCUACUACGCCACACGAGUGCUGCUGCCUCCGCUGCACCGCUGUCUCUCCUUACUAGGAGUGCACGUCUUCAACUGGUGGAAGGAAGUAGGUCAGGGUCGGGAGGUGCAGCUAGAGAGGGCGGCGCACGCGGGCGGUAUAACGCGGUACAUGUCCCGCGGGCGGUGCGCGGCGUGCGGCGCGCGGGGGGCGCGCUCGCUGUGCGCCGCGUGCGCCGCCCCACGCGCCCUGCCGCCCCUCGCCGCCAGGCUAGCGCGCGCGCACGGACUUCUACACCACUGUUACGAUAUAUGUGCUAGUUGCACGGGCCACUCUCAGCAUCAGAACUGCGAGAAUACAGAGUGCCCCGUGCUGUGGCGCAGGAUCACCGCUCAACACAAACUACAACAAAUACAGGAUGUCUUCAACAAUCUGCCUCCGCACUUGGCCAUGCACAAUAUAGAGUUUUAAUUAUAAUUUAAGAAAAAUCAUGUAUUAUCAUAUUUAUUAAUAAAAUGCACAUUUGUUUUCUUAA